AUGGUUGCCUUUGAGAUGCUUUGUCGGUCUCAAGGUUUUCUUCCCAGUAUCUGGAAAAUAUCUAAGCUUCAAGAUGAUCUAGAUGUGGAGAGAAAAAUAAAGGAUCCUCUUGCCGUCAAGACUGAAAAGGUGAAAGUCUUGAUAGUCAAACUCGAGAAUGCCGAGAAACAAGUCAAUCACUUGUUAUCUGGAAAAGAAGUUAUGAAAAGUUGUAUCGAAGAUGUUACUGGCAUGCUGUCAGAUAUCAUUGAGACUCGAGACUCAAUGAUUACGAUCACGGUGAAGAAGCAUCUUGCUAAGAAACUAAGUCCCGUCUUCCCCAUGCUUCAUCGAUUGGAAGGUGUUCCGGAAUAUAGCUCCAUUCUGAAAUAA